GCCAUCUGGUCACCGCCCCCAAGCUCAAGCGGAGGUCUUAGCUGUCUGCACUCAGGGCACAGGGACUCAGGGUGAGACAGGAUGGACCCUGUGGCGGGCUGCUUCGCGGAGGAGCAGUUCCGGGAGAUCUGCGCCGAGCUGCAGCAGCCGGCUCCAGCUGGGGCUGAGUGGGAGCUGCUGGUGAAUGCCUCGGGCGUCAGGAUCUACCGGCUGCUGGACCAGCAGACUGGACUUUAUGAGUAUAAAGUCUUUGGUAUUUUAAAGGACUGCUCCCCGGCUCUGCUCGCAGAUGUCUAUAUGGAUUUAGACUACAGAAAACAGUGGGAUCAGUAUGUUAAAGAAAUCUAUGAAAAAGAAUGCAAUGGAGAGACUGUGACGUACUGGGAAGUGAAGUACCCUUUUCCCAUGUCCAACAGAGACUAUGUCUACAUCCGGCACCGGCGAGACUUGGAUGUAGAAGGGCGGAAGAUCUACGUGGUCCUGGCCCAAAGCGUCUCUCUGCCUCAGUUUCCUGAGAAGUCGGGUGUGAUCCGAGUAAAUCAGUACAAGCAGAGGCUGGCAAUUGAAAGUGAUGGCCAUCAGGGGAGCAAAGUUUUCAUGUAUCACUUCGAUAACCCAGGUGGCCAAAUUCCGUCCUGGCUCAUUAACUGGGCAGCCAAGAAUGGCAUUCCGAACUUCCUGAAAGACAUGGUGAAAGCCUGUCAGAACUACCUCAGCCAAACCUAAGAAAGAGCUGGGUUUGGUGCUGCACGUCUGUAAUCCUGCAUUCUGGGAGGUGGAGGCAGGAGAAUUACAAGUUGGAACACAACCUGGGCAACUUAGCAAUUUAGUCAGACCCUGUAAGAGUGCUGGGGAUAUAACUCAGUGCAAAGGCUAUAGGUUCAGUCCCCAGUACCACACACAAAAAAACAAAAAACCUAAGAAAGAAAACUGGGAACCGUGCAUCCAGGGAAUGAUGUUUCUCGAAGUGCCACAGUCUACCGAAGCUCAGUCUUCCUUUCACACUUCUGGCUGCUGAGGUCUGCACACCCUACAGCACGUCUCGAAGCCUGGCUCCCUGGAGCCGGGCUCACCCGUCUGCUUGCUUUCCACUCACCCUGCCCCAGCGUCAGCCGUCUCCUUCCACUGCUGAACAGAAAGCGAAUUAAGGAAACGUUUGCUUCUUUUUAAAAGGGAAGUCCUCAAUAGGAAACAGGCAUUGCAUGGUGCCAUUGCAGGGGGACGGGCAGGUGGUAGACCGCCAACUUGCAAGAGUGGCUGUUCUGGGAAGCUGGCUUCUUCCUAGAAGGUACUUUCUUGCAACCCAGAGGAACUAUCCAGAGCUGACAUUAGGUGCCUUAAACUGGACACGUACUGAUUUGCUUUCUACUUUAUUGACUUGAGGAGGCUGGGAUUUAAAGGCCUAACCCAGUGAAUUUGCCUUCCAGAAGGUUUGGAGAUGUUGAAGGGAUAAUAAUUCACAGCCAGGUAGAAUUUAAUUAGCAGCUUGCACCAUUUUUUCCCCUCAGGGAUUCUACCUACACUGUCCCAAAAGGACUAUCGGCGUCCUCUGCUUUCUCUUGAAUUUUGGUAAGGUAAGAUGGUCUGUGGCCCAGUGCACACCGUUGGUGAUCUCAGGGAAAUUUUUAAAUUACUAUUUGGGUUGGUCUGGACCUUGAUUCACAUACACAAAGUCAGAGGAAAGGGUUUGUUAAAAUGGGAUUCUUCAAACUGUAUGUUACCUCUCUGGGACGAAAAGUGUGUUUCAUGAUGAAUAAACAGAGACUCACUCUUG